AUGGCUGUCCCAAACCCUUUUCGUCGCCACGAUGCCAAUACAAGGGAGUGUUGGGGCUAUACUUUCCAGUGGACUCCUGAGCACUUGACAAAAGAGGAAAUGCAUCCGUUAAAAUUCACUUAUGAUGUUUUGGGGGAAGAGUGUUUGAAUAGACUUGACGAGAUUUCGCCACCCGUUAAGGUGGAACUUCCUAGAAAUUUAAGCAAGGAGAAAGUCAACACAGACUUAUACACCUUGUUAAAGGACAACGCUUCCAAGGACGAGAAACUUGCAGAGUUAUGGACGCAAGUUAAUACUAUUCCAGAGUGGGUGGACUGGGAGCAGAUCGAGCGAGGGCAGGAUGUCUUCUACAGAUAUGGCGGCGUCGCCUUGACAGCUCUUGCCUAUCAAUCUCUUCUCGGCGGCAUGGGCGCCGCACGAGUAACAGAAGUCCUUGCGCGCACCGGGGGGUUCUCCACCAAGGUGGCGAAGCGCAGAAUGUACGAGACAACACAGCACAUUCUCCAAGUAACUGCUUCCAUCUCAGCCAUCAAACCAGGAGGAGCAGGUCACGCUUCCACCAUCCGCGUGCGUCUCCUCCAUGCAGCAGUCCGCCGGCGAAUCCUAGCCCUAGCAAAAGAAAAGCCCGCCUACUACUCCGUAGAGGAAUAUGGCAUCCCGAUCAACGACCUAGACUCCAUAGCCACCAUCAGCACGUUCUCCGCGACACUCAUCUGGCUCGGCUUUCCACGACAGGGGAUCUGGAUGCGCGAGCAAGAAAUCCUUGAUUAUCUUGCGCUUUGGCGGCUUGUGGCGUAUUAUAUCGGGACGCCGACAGAGUGGUUCGAGACGCCGGGGAAAGCGAAGGCGGUUAUGGAGAGUCUGUUGAUCUCAGAGGUGAAUCCUAGUCCGACGUCGAAGAUUUUGGCGAAUAAUAUUAUCUUGAGUUUGCAGGGCCAAGCUCCUGCUUAUGCUUCGAGGGAAUUCUUGACUGCGAGCGCGAGGUGGUUGAAUGGCAAUGAGCUUGGUGAUGCGUUGGGUUUGGACCGUCCAAGUUAUUAUUAUUGGGCGCUGUUUGCUGGACAGUGUCUGUUUUUCAAUAUUCUUGCUUGGUUGCAUAGACUUAGCCCUUCUUAUGACAGGAAAGCUAUCGAGGUAAUGCCUUCCUUCCCCUCCUUCGCUUCUUCUGCUUCCCCCGCUAACGAGUAUGAACAAAAGCGCGUUCGUAAGAUAUUCUACAAGGUCAUUGUGGAAAAUACAACACAUGGUUUAGGCGAGGAGACAAACUUCGACUUCAAGUAUAUACCGAGUUUCAACAAGACGAGCGAGGAUCUGGGUGAAUAUGAAGAUAUGAAGAUGAAGGGGGGUGUGGAGAGGAGGAAUCUGGUUACUUUCACACUUGGAACUGCAUUUGUGGUCGAGAUGAAGUCUGAGGUGGAGGUGGAUGUGGAUGUGGCGACGCGAAGUCAACGGGCGAAUGUAUGCAUGGGAUGUAAUUCGACUUCAUCCUCUCCAUACAUCAAGUCGAUCGACCAAGUUAGGUCGCAGGAACAGCGGGCAAAUCAGAAACAAUGGGAAGAAGGCGUUGAAUCUCAAACCAAGGAUGGCAGCUCCAAAUUUGAUUCGAGUGUCUUUGCGGAAAUUUCACUGGAAUCGAUAGAUGCACUUGCGAAGGAAUCAUCAUCAGAGAUUCAAUCGCCAGAGCCAGUUCCGAAGUCUAUUCCACAAGAGCCUGCUGCUCACACUCGAUCGCCCAGGAGGAGAGAUACGGUGGUUGAGAGUACUCCGUCGAAUAUCACUUUCCGGCGGACCGGCUUCACCCCAAAUCCGAGCUCUGAGGAGCAAACAUCGAAUACUACGUUUAGAUCUGCGUUUCGAUCGAUGAGCUUCACACCAGGAUCCAAUAGGCAAUUAGCACCAACCAGGUCCUCACCCGAAUCGGAGCAAGAACUCGGAUCAUUUGAAAGAGAUGCCACAAAAGCGCCCAUUGAGGAUGAUUGGGUGCCGCCGAAGAAGGAACCAUGGCAGAUACACAAGGCUGCAAUGAAGGAGAAGUUUCCGGAAGGAUGGAACCCCCAAAAGCGUCUCUCACCAGAUGCUAUGUCGGGCAUUCGAGCGUUACACCAGCAAAUGCCCGAGAUGUAUACAACUAGGGUACUGGCAGAUCAUUUCAAAGUGUCUCCAGAGGCCAUUCGAAGAAUAUUGAAGUCCAAAUGGCAGCCGAACGCCGAUACUCAAACAGACCGGGAAAUGCGUUGGUUUAGGAGAGGCGAGAGAGUUUGGAGCAGAUAUGCCGAGUUGGGAGUCAAACCUCCCAGGAAGUGGAGAGACGAGGGCAUAGGCAGAGGGAAGCCAGAGUGGAAGAAGCAAAGGGCGGAGCCCCAGGCCAUACCAGAGCUUAUUACGACCGCACGGGAGGAAGAUAGUUUCUAUGCGAACAACAGAGCUGCCAGUUCAGAGAGACCUCAGCUAGUCACCACAGCAAGGCCGCCAACUGGACAUUAG